GAAAUGUCUGCAGUCUCUGAGAAUUUGUAGAAGAGUUUACAUUUCUGCCGUUGUGUUUAAGCAUCAGCUUUGAUUCAAUUAUCUGGUUUGGAAGAUGGAGUUUGCAUUGGUCCUGUCCUUGUCUUUUCUGGCAGCUGUUGCCAAUGGUAAUCAAGCAAUGGUGAAGCUGGACGCGGACCAGCCAUUUCUGCGUGUUGCCUUGUCGCAAACGGCCUUAAUCAAGUGCUGCUACAGUUGUAAGGAGAACCUCCAUGUCACCUGGGUCAUGAAUACUCACAUAGACAACGGAACCACAAUGCAAAGAUAUAUGAAUCUAUCAGAUGAGGUGAAGACUGAGCCAAUGACUGAAGUUGAAGGACUCAAAUGCCAUGGGUUGAUUCUCAAGAACGUCCGUGUUGAUGAUACUGCCCUGUACCAGUGUUUCAUCAAUCUUACCUCUCCUCCCAUAUCCAUCUAUACUCAUGGCACCUUCCUUCAAGUCUACAUACCGAUGCAGAAGACCAUCAACCUCAGCGAGAGUGUGAAGAACAGCAUUAUUACAGCAGAAGGGGUCUUACUGCUGCUGUGUGUGCUGAUCCCUGGCACCAUGCUCCUUUGUAAGUCAAAGAGGUUAAAUGAACUGGAGAGGAAGAAAGACAGGGAGGAAGAAAAUAUCUAUGAGGGUUUAAAUCUGGAUGACUGCAACUCCAUUUACCAUCAAAUCCAACGCUCCCAUGUGCAAGGCCCGUAUCAAGAUGUGGCCUGUGGAGAAAUUCAGCUGGAGAAGCCCUAGAUGAGCUGCGGAUAAAAGAAAAAGUCAGAUUCACAGAGAGGAAAGGGGAAAAUAAGGAAUAGGAUGCGUCUCAUCCUCUGUGCACUGUGGUUAAAUACCUAAGUGUAACACUGUUUCAUCAAUUUUCAUAGGCGUUGUUUUUAUAUAGGUAUACAAAUGUUUAAAAAUCCAGCUGGCUUCAUGUCGUUCAAGUCAAGUUUUGUUUAAAUGCAAUGUCAUAGUAAUAAAAUAAUAUUAACAUAAAGAACAAAUGCUUAAAUGCUUAGGUCUAUCUCAUACUUUACCAGUUACUCCAUAUGACCUGUUCACAGACUAAUGUGUGAUUUUAGCAAUUUCAGUAUGUCAUUCUGUUUAACUGUUAGACAAUCUGAUAAUAAAGUGAAUAAAUUAUAUAUUAAAUAAGUGUUUUGUUUCUAUUUACUUCAUUGUUUAACCCUGUCCUAUGGAAUAAAUAAAAGUGAAAAAUUGA